CAUCCCUGCCUGAGUCGACCAGCAGAGCCAUUUUGCCUUUGGAUUGAAGAACAUAAGGGCAACUUGAUCUCAUCCCCCAGCAAUUCAUUCUCAGCCAGACAACAGAACACAUCCAGUUAUAAAAACUCAGCAAGGGUACAUUGUGGGUGUGCUGUCUGUCUGUCUGUCUGUCUGUGGGGGUUGCUGUCAUUCUUGGCUGCCCAUUCAGGAGCUGUCAUUUACUCAGAAACUGUCAACCAGGAACAAGCAACAACAUAGAGAACAACAAGCUGUUGGGUCAUUAUUUCACAGGCACAAAACGGUACUCGAAGGUUGCCCAGGCCGCCGCUGUUCGGUGAGCUCACAGCACGAUGGCAGCAGCGUCGGUGAAGGUGGCGGUGAGGGUCCGCCCCUUCAAUUCCAGGGAGAUCAGCAAAGAUUCCAAGUGCAUUAUACAGAUGACAGGCAACACUACCACCAUUCUCAACCCAAAACAGCCCAAAGAGAACAAGAGCUUCAACUUUGAUUAUUCCUACUGGUCCCACACCUCUCCAGAAGAUAUAAACUAUGCAUCGCAGCAGCAAGUUUACAGAGACAUUGGGGAGGAGAUGCUGCAGCACGCCUUUGAAGGAUACAACGUCUGCAUCUUUGCCUACGGACAAACUGGAGCCGGCAAAUCCUACACCAUGAUGGGCAGGCAGGAGAAGGACCAACUAGGCAUCAUCCCAUUGAUGUGUGAAGACCUGUUCUCCAGAAUCAAUGACGGAAAUAUUGACAACAGCCUGGCCUAUUCUGUGGAGGUGAGCUAUAUGGAGAUCUACUGCGAGCGAGUGCGUGACCUGCUGAACCCCAAGAACAAGGGCAAUCUGCGAGUGCGAGAGCACCCCCUCAUGGGCCCCUACGUGGAGGACCUGUCCAAACUGGCUGUGACCUCCUACAACGACAUCCAGGACCUCAUGGACUCCGGGAACAAGGCCAGGACCGUGGCAGCCACCAACAUGAACGAGACAAGCAGUCGCUCCCAUGCUGUUUUCAACAUCAUUUUCACACAGAAAAGACAGGAUGAGGAAUCUGACAACACCUCCGAGAAGGUGAGCAAAAUCAGCUUGGUUGAUCUGGCGGGCAGCGAAAGGGCAGAUUCCACAGGGGCCAAAGGGACCAGGUUGAAGGAAGGUGCAAAUAUCAACAAAUCGCUGACAACUCUGGGGAAGGUUAUCUCAGCCUUGGCGGAAGACUCGGGAUCCAAUAAGAACAAGAAAAAGAAAAAGGCAGAAAACUUUGUCCCCUACAGAGACUCGGUAUUGACUUGGCUUCUGAGGGAAAACCUGGGUGGAAACUCCCGUACUGCUAUGGUAGCUGCGCUCAGCCCUGCUGAUAUCAACUACGAUGAGACUCUCAGUACUCUCAGGUAUGCAGAUCGGGCCAAGCAGAUCCGCUGUAACGCAGUGAUUAACGAGGACCCCAACAACCGGCUGGUUCGAGAGCUAAAGGAGGAAGUGUCCAGACUGAAGGACUUACUGUUAUCACAGGGACUGGGAGACAUCAUAGCAACAUUUCCAGGGAAGAGCAGCGAGAUUGCCGGUUUGAAAUACCUAUCCGAUUUCAAGAACAAUAACAAAAAUCACCAAGCUGUCAAUCAAAGGGGUGAUCUUUCCACAGUGGCCAAUGCGACGACAGGGAUGAGCCCCUCUCCCUCUCUCUCCGCCCUCUCCAGUCGGGCCGGAUCCAUCAACAGCCUCCACGACCGGAUCAUGUUCAGUCCUGGCAGCGAGGAGGCCAUUGAGAGGCUCAAGGAAACUGAGAAAAUCAUUGCUGAGCUCAACGAGACGUGGGAGGAGAAACUCCGGCGGACAGAAGCCAUCAGAAUGGAGAGAGAGGCUCUGCUUGCAGAGAUGGGCGUGGCCAUGCGCGAGGACGGCGGCACAGUGGGCGUGUUCUCACCAAAGAAGACCCCUCACCUUGUGAACCUGAAUGAAGAUCCUUUGAUGUCAGAAUGUCUUUUGUACUAUAUUAAAGAUGGAAUCACCAGGGUGGGCCGUGAGGAUGCUGCCAGCAGACAGGAUAUUGUGCUGAGUGGACUCUUCAUCAAGGAAGAACACUGCACUUUCACCAGCACAACCUGCCCACUGGGAGAGGUUUCAGUUAUCUUGGAGCCAUGUGAAGGAGCAGAGACCUACGUUAACGGGAAAAAAGUUUCUGAGCCUACUAUCCUCCGAUCAGGAAACCGCAUCAUCCUUGGGAAGAGCCAUGUGUUCCGGUUCAAUCACCCAGAGCAAGCGAGACAGGAACGAGAACGCACCCCCUGUGCCGAGACCCCAGUUGAGCCUGUUGACUGGGCCUUUGCACAGCGGGAGCUGCUCGACAAACAGGGCAUUGACAUGAAGCAGGAGAUGGAGCAGCGGCUACAGGAGUUGGAGGAUCAGUACCGAAGGGAGCGAGAGGAAGCAAACAACCUCCUGGAGCAGCAGAGGCUGGAGUAUGAGAGUAAGUUGGAGGCUCUGCAGAAGCAGGUGGACUCCCGCUGUUACCCAGAAACCACAGAGGAGGAGGAAGAGCCUGAGGAAGAAGUGCAAUGGACUGAGCGAGAGCUGGAGCAGGCUCUGUGGGCAUUCCGGAAGUGGAAGUGCUACCAGUUCACAUCGCUGAGAGACCUUCUGUGGGGGAACGCCAUCUUCCUGAAGGAGGCCAACGCCAUCAGCGUGGAGCUGAAGAAGAAGGUUCAGUUCCAGUUUGUGCUGCUGACGGACACCCUGUACUCCCCACUAUCCACUGAUUUACUGCCCCUCGAUGCUGCCAAGGACCGGGAGAAGCAUCCCUUCCCACGCACCAUUGUGGCUGUAGAGGUGCAGGACCAGAAGAAUGGUGCCACCCACUAUUGGACUCUUGAGAAACUCAGACAGAGACUGGAUCUGAUGCGGGAGAUGUACGAUCGAGCAGCAGAGGUGCCCAGCAGUGCUAUUGACGACUGUGACAAUGUCAUGACUGGCGGAGACCCUUUCUACGAUCGCUUCCCAUGGUUCCGCCUGGUAGGCAGUUCCCAUGUCUCUGGCUGCACUAGCACCCCCAUUUUCAACACAUGCAUGAGCGAGCGCAUGGCAGAUCUCACCCCCUCCCCCACCCUCUCCAACCCUGACUCUGACAUUACCGAGCUCGCAGACGAGCGGCAUGAUGGGAAGGUGGAGGAGGAGGAGGAGGAUGAGGAGUUGGAGGACCUGGAAGAUGAGAUCUUUUUGGACGACCCGUGUUCCGAGCUGGGGGGAGAUGAGGGAGAGCACUGCCCAUUCUCCGGCGAAGGCCAGGACCCCUUUUAUGACCGCUCACCUCUAUUCAGUGUAGUGGGAAGGGCCUUUGUGUACCUGAGUAACCUACUGUACCCAGUCCCACUGGUGCACCGUGUCGCCAUCGUCAGUGAGAAGGGAGAAGUGAAGGGAUUCCUCAGGGUGGCUGUGCAGGCCAUUUCUGCUGAUGAGGAGGCCCCAGACUAUGGCUCUGGUGUGCGACAGUCGGGGAUGGCCAAGAUCUCUUUUGAAGACCAACAGUUUGAGAAGUACCAGACAGAGUCGUGCCCAGUGGGAAUGUCUCAUUCAGAAACCUCGCAGGAAGAGCUGAGGAUCGUGGAAGGGGAGGGGCAGUCCUCAGACAUGGGGCCUUCCGCCGAUGAGGUCAACAACAACACCUGUGAAGUUAGUCCAGAGGAGCUUGACAGUCCACUGAAGCUGAGCACAGAGACACAGGCAGAGGGAUCGCUGGAGCAUCUCAAGAUCGGCAGCAUCUUUACCUUCCGUGUGACAGUGCUGCAAGCCUCCAGCAUCUCUGCUGAGUAUGCAGAUAUAUUCUGCCAGUUCAACUUUAUUCACCGGCACGAUGAGGCCUUCUCAACUGAACCACUGAAGAACACAGGCCGUGGCCCUCCACUGGGAUUCUACCAUGUUCAGAAUAUCGCUGUCGAGGUUACCAAAUCCUUCGUGGAGUAUAUCAAGACCCAACCUAUUGUGUUUGAAGUUUUUGGGCACUACCAGAGACAGCCCUUCCCACCUCUCUGCAAGGACCUCAUCAGUCCACUGAGGCCCUCAAGAAGGCAAUUUCCCCGAGUCAUGCCCUUAUCCAAACCAGUACCUGCAACCAAGCUGACCACCCUGAGCCGCCCGACUGCGGGGCCCUGCCACUGCAAGUAUGACCUGAUGGUAUUCUUUGAGAUCUGCGAGCUGGAAGCAAACGGAGACUACAUCCCAGCAGUGGUGGACCACAGGGGUGGGAUGCCGUGUCAUGGGACCUUUAUGCUGCAUCAGGGUAUCCAGAGAAGAAUCACUGUUACCAUUGUGCAUGAGACAGGCGGUGACAUUGAGUGGAAGGAAGUGAGGGAGCUGGUUGUUGGUCGUCUCCGUAACACACCAGAGGCUGAUGAGACGAUCAUUGACCCCAACAUCCUGUCUCUAAACAUCCUCUCUGUCGGAUACAUCCAGCCCAGCCAGGACGACAGACAGUUUCUUGAUUCGGAUAUGCCUAGCAUUUCGUUGGGAAGUGACCAUAGAACCUUCUACCGUUUUGAGGCUGCCUGGGACAGCUCGAUGCACAACUCCCUGCUUCUGAACCGUGUUACACCUUACGGGGAGAAAAUAUACAUGACCCUGUCAGCUUACCUAGAGAUGGAGAACUGUACUCAACCAACAGUGAUUACCAAAGAUUUCUGCAUGGUGUUUUACUCCAGAGAUGCCAAAUUACCUGCAUCUAGAUCCAUCCGUAACCUCUUCGGCAGUGGAGGACUCAAGGCAUUAGAGAGUAACCGUGUUACUGGUGUUUACGAGGUCAGCCUGUGUCACCUGGCAGAUGCUGGAAGCCCAGGCAUGCAGAGGAGGCGCAGAAGGGUCCUAGAUACAUCAGUGGCCUAUGUACGAGGAGAAGAGAAUCUGGCUGGAUGGAGGCCCCGCAGUGACAGCCUCAUUCUGGACCACCAAUGGGAACUGGAGAAACUCAGCCUACUACAGGAAGUUGAGAAGACCCGGCACUACCUGCUGCUGCGGGAGAAGCUGGAGACGCUGCUGCUGUGCGGCCAGGACUCCCUGCUGGACUGCGAGUACCCCACUGAGCCUCACAGCAUCUCCUCCCUCAAAGAUAGGGCCCCCCAGGACCCAAUUGGUACCCCUGACAGCCCCAGUGAGAGACAGAAAGAGCUGGCCACCAAGUGCCUGCGGCUCCUCACUCACACAUUCAACAGAGAAUACAGCCACGUGUGUGUCAGCGCCAGUGAGAGCAAGCUGUCUGAGAUGUCAGUCACCCUGCUGAGGGACUCGUCCGCCUCAAUGCUGAGCAGCACGCUGACCCCCUCCUCGACCUGCCCUUCACUGGUGGAGGGGCGCUACAACAACACUGAGCUCAGAACCCCAGAGCCACGCUCCAGAGCUGUCAGCCCAGAUCCCGACACUGUUCCGGAUGGAGAGUCUCCCAGUGGAGGGCAGGAGCUCAAGAGGAGAGUGCGAGCCUUUGUUCCUGAUAUCCAAGAGAUCCGUGUCAGCCCGAUCGUGUCAAAGAAGGGCUAUCUGCACUUCUUGGAGCCGCACACCAACGGCUGGGUCAAGCGAUUUGUGGUGGUGCGCCGCCCAUACGUCUACAUCUACAACACUGACAAGGACAGCGUAGAGCGCGCCAUCCUGAACCUGUCUUCUGCACAGGUUGAGUACAGCGAGGACCAGCAGGCUAUGCUGAAGACCCCAAACACAUUUGCAGUGUGCACUGAGCAUCGUGGGAUAUUGCUCCAAGCAAACAACGACAAAGACAUGCAUGACUGGCUGUACGCAUUCAACCCCCUGCUGGCUGGAUCUAUCAGAUCAAAGCUCUCGAGAAGAAGAACUGGACAAAUGAGGAUCUGAAUAGCCAAUCACUUUUCUCUUCCUCUCCACCUUUCAGAAAAAAUGACUAACUUUGUAUAUAGAUCACCUGAUUGAACACACCAGUCUUAUUAUGUUUUUUUUUUGUUUUUCUGUAACCUGCCUGCUCUUGCACAUGCUCAGUUUACCACUGUAAAACAAAGAAGAAAAAACCCAGGGCUUCUAUCUUUUGGGGGGGUGGGGUGGGGGGUGUCACAGGUCAUGUUCACAGUUCAUGUACUGUACUCCUUGAAGCAAAAACUUUUAUGAAGUAGUAUGCAUCAAGCUUGGCAAAUGAUGCAUUGAAAGUGACUGGCACACAAGACGUACACCACCUACAUCUUGGAACCAGUGUUCUAUCUUCUAACAACCUACAGAAUGUUACCUUUCUCUGGUUUCAUUAUAGCACCUGGGUCAGUGUUAUACUAAACAACAAGUAUUUUAUCCAGAGUUUAGCCAGUCCUGCUAGCAGUGUGUCUGUGCAUGUCGGUUGUUUUACAAAAAAAAAAGGUAACUUUAACUAAUACUGGUCUCUCUAAUCAUUUAGCCAAUCACAAGCCAUGUGUCUUCUGUGUACCAGUGCUGGCAUUCUGUAAAUGAUCCUGGCUUUCAUCCCUUGUAGGGUAUGAGCCAAGCUGACUACCCUGUGUACUAACAUGUUGUGAGAAAGCAAGGUAACUGAAGGUGCAGUAGUACUAAGUAGUAUUUCUUUGUCGUGUCUUUUGUGUGAGAAUAAUCGAAAGUAGAACAUUCAUAAUGAACUUGUUGCAGAGUAUUUAAAAAUAUAUUUAUUUAUUGAUCUCUAUAUUUGUGUAUCGAUUGGCAUUUUGCACUUUUUUUUAAAAUUAAGUAUCUCUAAACACAUUAAAAAGCAAAACAAAUGUAUCACCCAGUGUGCUUGCAGUUUGCCCUAGAGCCAACGCUGAAGUGUCCUUGUUGUACAGUUUAAACUCUGAGCUGAAUGCUUGUUGAUCAAAAAAGUCAAACUUGGGCAGGAUCUGGUGGAGCACCUCAUGUUUUAAUAACACUGCUUACAAUAUGGAAAUUGUGAAAGAACAACAAAAAACUUCACUUGGAAAUGAUUGUUCACUUGAAGUGACCUAACAAGAAAGUGCUAUCAGAAGAGGUAUGGUUUUAAAAGCUGGCAGGUUGUCACAGGGUUCAUUUCUUGGUUAUCAAAGGAUAGUUCUGAGAGGCAAGUAAAAUCAGUUGGGACAUAAACAUGGAUGUAUUAACAACACAUAUAGAGAAUAUGUUUCUUAACAAAAUGUGUGAAUUAAGUCUUAAAUCCCUUAGUCUGUAACUAACCCGAUCCAAGUGCAAAAUAAACCAAGUACUAACAAGGCUGUUGUAAAGAUUUGAAACCGAUCAGUUGCGGAGCAUUUAAGGCAAUACACUUUCGGUCCAAAUUGUUUGUUCUUGCAUAAAUUGGAGGCUUGAGUCAUACACUGAAGUAUAAUAGAACACCUUUAAACCACUGGGAGCAAAGUAUGUCUAAAUCUGCUGUGUUGUAACACCAGAGCUUAUGCUAAUGGAGAAGUUGCAUCCUAGUUUUCCAAAAGAGAAGGAUAGCUUCUAAUUCCCUUGUUCGAAGUCUAGCGCCUUAUCUGAAUCUUCUUGUCCUGAGCUAGGCCUGCCACAAGUUUACCUUGUCUUCAUAGCCUUGCAUUAUUUUGGUGUGCUUUGUAUGUGUGGAGACAACUAUGCAUGAAAUACAGCUCCUAUUGUAUCAGUAAGCGAUGGCAUUAAACUUUCACAUCCAAACUAAGUCCACCUUCUAAUGGAUUAGAUUUCCUCUGGCUCUCCUUUUUUGUUUUAUUAUCUAAUGUUUGUAUCUUUUUACUGGGGUGGGGCGGGACACUAAAAUCCACUAUAAUAAAGCUGUAGCUUGGCUAUCGAGUCAUCCAGGGGUCAUUAAAGAUCAUUUAACUCCAAUGUUGAAUAUUGAGUAGCAUUGAGUAGCACGUGCAGACCCUGCCAAUCCCAAUCCCACGAUAGUGAUCAUGCCUUCAGUCAGACAGCUGUAAGUGCAAAGAUUACAUCAUAUUUUUGUGCAGCCUGGGUGUUUUUUUUUUUUUUUUCUGGAGCCUUUAAAAAGUUCAGAAAGAUGCUCCCUUGAGUCUUCAAGUUGUUCCUGUGAACAAUGCAAGAACGAGUGUGCCUGAGGCUAGCCAACCUACAGAGCAUGCUCAGUUGUAGGCAGUAACACCCUGAGAACAGAGUAACAUCUAAGUCAUCCAAGAGGAUAAACUAAUGGGAUUUCGAGAAACACUUCUGACAGCUUGGAAGUUUUAAUUAGAAGUUUUACAUUUCACUGGCCUGCACAUUGGUCCUUUUUCUGUGAAUUAUUAGUACCAGACCACACUUGGGUUUUUUUAAUCCCGCCUUCCCACUUUAAAAUUUAAAAAGAACAUCAAGCCACAAGCUUGUAGGAGAUGCCUGGAACCUGCAACGCCUCCUAGUCAGCAUUGAAAGAGAAAAGCCGAACGACACACUUCCGCGGGAGAUUAUUUAGGGGAGUGUUGAUUACUGAGAUACAGGGCUCUUCCUGUCCUUACGGCUUUUUGGUCACACCAACUGAAAAAUCCUAAUUACUGUAUAUCAAUUAAACCUCAUAAUAAAUCAAUCUGGUUGUCUAUACUACAUAUUUUGCUAAUUGACUAUUUUAAUAGACCUUAGAUCUAUUUGAACACUCUCCACAAAAUGCAAGGAUAUUAAAUUCAAACUAGUGAUGAACAUGUGACUGUUAUUGGAGACAAUAAUAUGAUCCACAGCCAUUUGUAUCAAUCGAAAAUGUCCCUAAAGUAUUUCAUUUGUCUUAAAAGUGGGUACAAGAUUUCAGUCCAUAUAUAUGUGUGUGUGUGUGUCUGUGUAUAAUAUUAUAUAUAUAUACUAUAUAUAUAUAUAUAUAUAUAUAUAUAUAUAUAUAGAGAGAGAGAGAGAGAGAGAAUGGUAUCCUGAGCCUGGAUAAUCUUUGAACAGCCUUCUUAGGAACAAUAUAUCUUAACCACUUAGAGCCCCGUCCUCCCUUUCUGUGUUUGUGAUGCUGAUCUACUAAGGUUAUUUCUGGCUAGUGUUACCAUCCUAACGCCAGGUAGGAAACAAAUGCAGUCAAUAUUGUGAGACCAGUAAACUUCUGUCCCGCAAACCUGCAACAAUGAAAAUGGUUGACCUUUUUUAAUUUGCUUUCUACUGUCUUACAAAAUAAAUGUAUUACUGCUAACCUGCUGCAUGCUAUCCCAAUAGAUAACAAUUAGCAUUUCUUAUUGUAGUAACUUUUUAAUGUAAGAAAAGACUAGUUUUAGUUACAUCGCUACAAAGUGUGAGACCUGUGCAGCUUGUCACUGUUCACAGCGUGUCCAGCUUUAAGGUUUUCAUUUGUAAAGAACACGUGGCAGUUUGUUUUUUCUGUCUGCAUCAGUUCCAGCACUGGCCCCUGCAAGCAUGUCUGUAACUAGCUGUGAGGACACCGAGGUCAUGUCCUCAGUUGUUUUUUUGCAUCAUCAAUGCUGAUAAAUUCUGGUAAAGUACAAAAGACUUUUCUCUUUGCCAUGUUUGCCAUGUAACACAGAUUUGGAGGUUGAAUAAUAAAUACCAAGCAGUCAUAUAAAUACUGCCCAGCUAGAGCUUGAAACCUAAGUUUGACUUCGGUAGAAUGUCAGUUCUAGUUACGACGCUGCCUGCAAGUAAGAGUGACUGCAUAGCUUGUGUGGCCCCUGCUUCUGCUGCUGUUGUGACAGACAGAGCUGCCUAGAAAACAUAUUUACAAAUGGCUGCUAGUUCUUAAAUGUUUUACCAUUUUGUUUUGCAAAUAAUAAAGCAGAGCUCUUAGAAAGGAACACAUCAGCACAUGUUUGCGUUUCCCAUGUAGGCAUUACAUGAAAUACAUUACAUAUAUUGCCCCCCAAAAUUAGCUGAAGUUGGAUUUCUGUGCAAGGUGUGUGAAGGCAGUGUAUAAAAUGCUAAAAAAUGAAAGCAGUCAGGUCCAGGCCUUUUCUCAGUGUGAGAAAUGCAGGUUAAAAGAGGAAAUGAAAGAUUUGGGGAAGGAAUUCAGAAUCAGCUGCUUUUAGCUCCCAUACCACAACAUCACGCAUGUCCUCAUGUGAUCACCUUUAGCAGACAUGACUACAAUCGGUACAACAAAAGAGGCACAUUUUCAAUCCAUUUCAUUUCUGUGCUUCCAUCUAAUGUUAGUGCUCAAGGGUUCUUCCUAAGCUCUGUAAAACUAAAGACACUUAGUUGUUUUUUUUUUUGUUUUGUUUUUUUGCUCUGUAAAAACAUGAUUGCUGUGAACGAUGUAUUAUAAAACUGUAACACGUCUGUAUCAUCCCAAAUGGGCUGUAGUUUAAUCAGUGUCUCAAGAUAUUUGAGUGUUGGAGUCUUCAAAUGUUUAUGUACAAUUAACAACUUGUGAGAUAUUAAAUAAACGUGGAACUUAUGCAACACUGA